AGAAACACCAUCACCCAAGAACAGAACUAUAAGAACCCAAAUCAUCGCCUCCUUUCUCUGUCUACAUCUCUCUCUCUCUCGCUUUUUUUUUCUACUCGAGAAAGAUUUUAGAACUUGGUUUCUGGUUUAGUUUUCUUUCCAUUUAUGGGUUGAUUUGCUUCUUCUUGCACGUUAUAGUUUUCCAAAUUGGGUAAGCUCCAAGGUAGCUUCAUCAAAAUAUAUAUAUUUUUUUUCAUUUCUGUAGCCAUAUGUUUAUUUUCCCGAGGAAUUUUUAUCCACACCCAGAUCUUUAAAUCUCAACUCUGAGUCUCUGAGACUUAUAAAACCACUCACGCUUUAGUUCCACCAAAUCUGGAAAACCAAUAGAUUUAUUUUCUUUCAUCUACAAUAUCUCAGAGCUGCUCAAACAAAUUUCUCUUUUUUGACUCACUACCCAGAUCUUGCCUAGAUUUUACUUUGGAUUUUCUCAAUUCUUUUUCAAAAGGUUGAAACUUUUUAAGAUUCUUUGAAGUGGGUCUAAGCAAUGCUUCAAAGAAAUCCGGAUGAUUUCUCCAAUCAAAAUAAAAAUGAAGUAUCAUUUGACAGUGAUUUUUGUGUUUUUCCUUUGAUUCUCUUAUCUCUUCAAUAAACACAAUUUUUUUAUUUUAUUUUACUUUGGGAUCUUAUUGAUCCCAAACCAGUAAAUCCGUUGAACUCUCUGUCGGUAUGAUUAAUUUUCUCUUACAAAUAGUAAAAAAAGAAAAAGAAAACCAGAGCUAGUUAUUAGUUUUUCGGACAUGGAGAUUCUGAGACCGACGACGUCGCACGUAUCCGGUGGGAACUGGCUCAUGGAGGAGACGAAGAGCAACGUCGCCGUUGCAGCUUCAGGUGAGGUUGCCACGUGGACGGCGGCAGAGAACAAGGCGUUCGAGAAUGCUCUGGCGGUCUACGACGAUAACACUCCUGAUCGGUGGCAAAAGGUAGCGGCGGUGAUUCCGGGGAAGACGGUGAACGACGUCAUCAAACAGUAUAACGAGCUGGAAGCUGACGUCAGUAGCAUUGAGGCCGGUUUAAUCCCGGUCCCGGGUUACAUCACCUCGCCUUUCACUCUGGACUGGGCCGGUGGUGGUGGUGGCGGAUGUAAUGGUUUCAAACCGGGGCACCCGGUUGGUAAUAAACGGCCGUCGGCCGGUAGAUCGCCGGAGCUGGAGCGAAAGAAAGGCGUUCCUUGGACAGAGGAAGAACACAAGCUAUUUCUAAUGGGUUUGAAGAAAUACGGGAAAGGAGAUUGGAGGAACAUAUCUCGGAACUUUGUGAUAACGCGAACGCCAACGCAAGUCGCUAGCCACGCCCAAAAAUAUUUUAUCCGGCAACAUUCCGGCGGCAAGGACAAGAGACGAGCAAGCAUUCACGACAUAACCACCGUGAAUCUCGAAGACGAAGCUUCUUUGGAGACGAACAAGAGCUCCAUCGUCGGACAAGACCAGCGUCCAAGGCUAACCUCGUUUCCUUGGAGCCAAACGGACAACAACGGAACGCAUGCUGAAGCUUUCAACAUAACGAUUGGAAACGCGAUUAGUGGCGUUCACUCGUACGGCCAGGCUCUGCUAGGAGCGUUUAACAACGGAGAUUCUUGCUACGAUGCGCAGAACACAAUGUUUCAGCUAUAGCGAGUGGUGAUCGAUCUUUCUAAUUAAAGGGUGUAAGUUAAAUUCUUAAUUUUUCAUAUGGACGAACACAAUCGUAUUUGAAAAUUGUAUAAUAAACGUCCAUCGUUUUGAUUAAUUCCAAAUUAAAAUAGUUAAUAAAAAGUCCGUCACAAUGCCUAUUUUCAGUUAAAUUGUUAAAUGUUUUUUUUAUAACUUGGCUACAGCGUUAAGCCAUGAAUGUAUUAUUAUUGGUUGGCAA